CGAGUCUGAUAUGCGAAGGCAUCGCUGAUAUGAUCACAGCCGUCAAGGACAUUGUGAUCAAUCGAUCGUUUUCCUGGGCGCAAUGGGGGAUCAACAAAGCGGUGUCGAUCAGCGUCAGCUUGCUCACUGCCGGGGCCUCCGCGCUAAAAACCGCAGCCCAAGUCGCCGCCGCCGGCCUGCAAGGGGCCUUGGAGUUCACGAAGGAGGCCUUGGUACUCGGCGCGAAACUCGUAGCAAAGGCCGGCAUCCUAUCCUGUGUAAAAACGUCCCCACCAUACUGAAGAUGGAUAAAAGUAACUGCUAGACAAAUCCGCGAGGGUUGGAGCUCGCGCAUGAAAACUUGAGUUGCGCCAUGUAGUAAUCGUGGUAAAUUUCCAAACAAAGCUAGAAAAUGACCCUCACCCAAAGCUGCAUGAGACGAAUUGCUGUGGAACUGGGAGUCUAGAUUUGCAUGACAAGGGUCGGAUCUGCGGCAGGUGGCACAGGGGGAGGAAACGUGUUAUGCAGUAGCAAGGCGUGGGGACGGUUUUACACAGGAUACGUCCAAGCGGCAGUGAAGGAGGCCUUCACGCACGUAGCGUCAGUGAUGGUUGCCGAGGGCGCUGGCCCGAUCGUGGAAAGAAUAAUCUAUGGGAUGGAUUCAGCUAUUCAAAAGUAGCGGAUUCAAAAAUUUCUUUUCCUUGAAGAUGCAUGUCAUUUCCUUUUCCAAAAACGGUUUCCAUUUCGGCAGCAACGACGCGGAUUCAGGUAGCGGCGAAACCGAGAUCGGCGAUUUAUGCAAUUGAAAUAUCUAGGUCAGUCUCAACUUGAACUAGCUAAAUUGAUGUCAUUCUUAUUUCAUUUUUUGGUAGCAAAGAAUAAGGAUUGCGCAGCUGCUCCGCCACAGAUUGUGCUGCUCCGCUCCCAAAGUACGUCGCCAAGCUGUCGCGGGGCCCCGUGCGGGGCCCCAGACAAACAGGGCGGCACUCCAGCUCCUUACUUUUUAUAGUUUGAUUUUUGAUGAUCAUGUGCAAACUUCAAUUAUCUUUUCAUUUUUGGCAUGACAAAUCCAAAUGAUAAUCUAGUUCAAGUUGAGACUGACCUAGCUAUUUAAUUUCCUACCUUUUCUGGCGAUGAUUCGGAAAGACAAAGAAACCCACGAAAAUUCAUGACAAAAAUGAUCAUAUUUUGUUUCAGGUUUUGAAAAUGCAAGAUGAAGGAUAAGAAAUUUUUGAAUCCGCUACUUUUGAAUAGCUGAAUCCAUCCCAUAUAAUCAACGAGCAUUUACAGCCGGACGUGUACAGAACUCUUACAAGUUCGCCCGCUGUGAGCGAGUUGAUGGAAGUGGAUGGCGCGGCUGGAAACCGCUUUUACCGCCAGAAGCUGACCGAAGCUGUCGAAUCCCUUCUCUCCCCGCAGAUCGACCCGGGGCAACAGCUGACUACGAUGGCGGGCGACAGCAUCGGGAAUCGCGAGCUGGCCACCGGAAUCAAAACCUACAUCGAAAACGUUGCGAAGGCACUUCGUAUCUUUACAUAAAAACCUGCUCUACUCACUUCGAGUAUUUCUCUGUCUGCAAAAGGGGGCAGACGUAAUAGUCGUGGCCGCACUUUGAUGCUCUUGUAUUCCUGUUUUUCUGCAAGUAGAAGAGAUGGAUAAGCAUGGCAUAGCGCACCAGCUUUUUUUUCUUUUCCUGCCAGUAUCGUUCUUCUCAGAGCUUCUAACAAGUCUCUGCAACCACGGGUGAAAAUACGGCUCGGCGCCCAUGAGAAAGCCAUUCGCGUGAGAGAAACAAGAUUUUUUAUUUCAUACACGUUCCGGGCCCGUUGCAGUUGGCCGUUCAGCUUCUAGAGAUCAGCAAGGUGGCAGCGCGGAUAACUGAAAUCGUACGCCAGCUUGGGCCGGUGCUGCAGAGGGCUGCUAACACCAUGCAAACCGAGCACAAGAAGAUUUUCAACUACGUCAAAGACCACUAUGACGCUAUGUAUAGGACUAUAAUGCUUCUUGUUACUUCGUUGAGAGGCUGGGCCGCCAGAGCAGGUAGUCAUGCCCAAAUACGUAUCAUACAGAUGAUGCUCCGGUGGGUUGUCUUCUCCCUUUUGACUCUUCCAGCAAUCAGAUCAAUGGCAAUUGCGGCAUCGAAAUUAUAUUGAAGGCUAGGAGCCAGCAUGUCCUGACAACUACAAAUUGCUUGAAAUUACUCACCUUUCAGGAUAAAUUGGUUCGGGGGCAGACGACAGGAUGAGGACCAGGAGGAGUACGACCAGCGACUUUCCAACAAGUUGCAGGAGAACAUUGAAACUCAGAAAAGAUGGCCGAAGUGGUCUGCGAUCCCUCUGUGGGUCCGAGAAGUGGACGGCGAAACGGUGCAGACCUACGUAAGAUUGCAGUUGCAGAAGGUGCGGUCUUCAACAGGGGAUCCGCCGAGCAACCAGCAGGCACCGAGCAGCAGUUCGUCGUCUGGGGACACGCGUGGCAGUUCCCGCGGUCACGGUGCUAACUUCAACGCAACCCAGGGAUACCAGGCACAGGUCCAAACUUCCGUCGUAACUGUCAGAGACACGGCCGAGGAGAUUUCGCAGCGGGCUUCGGGGGUCAUGAAGGAUUUGAUCGAAAACGGAGCGAUCAUGCCCGCGGUUCAAUUUGGCAUCGGGCAGUUGAGUAAAAAAAUGUGGCAGUCGUGGGACGACAAACUCGAUAAUGAACUCCAAAUCUUUCGAUCAAAAACGCAUCAGGCAAUGGCGUUCAGCGGCAAGCCGGCGGCCCGGGCGCUUGUCGCCACGGUGCGUGAUGCGGAACGCACCGCGAUACUGGCAAAGUUCUCACCAAAGGAGCAGGCCAAGGUGAGGAAGAUGCUGCUGCAGCAGGACCUGGACUCGGCGAUGGAUGCCGCGGGAGCCCU